AUGUCAGCUAAACAGGCCCUCGCAAUACACUCGUCAAUUACAAAGUUCCGUCCCGAACUUUUUGUCGAGUUUUGCGCUUAUUUAACGCCAAGUGAUUUAUUCAUCCUUUCUAAAGUAUGUCGUCAAUUUUAUUGUUACUUAAGUGCACCAAAUUCCUUUUCUACCCAACAAAUAUGGAAGAGAUCUCGAUUAAAAUUUAUGACAAAUGACUUGAUGCCUCCACCAAAUGGAAUGAAUGAAGAAUGUUAUUAUAACAUUGUGGAUUAUCCACGAGUCUUGCUUGAAAUCAUGCCAUUUAUUAACGAAUAUGGUAACAUAUAUUAUUGGAAAGAACAAUUAGAUUUUGAACGUGAUCAAUACACGUUAUUUUCUCAUAGUCAUUUAUCGAAUUUGCAAUCUUGGUUAGAUGUUAAAAAAAAUAAGUUUGAUUCUAUAAUGAAAUAUGCUAAAGAUAUACAAAUAAAAAAAGUAGAGAAAAGGACAAGACCAAAAGCCCUCAGUCCUUGA